AUGCUCCAGGAGAAAAGCCUCUCGGAAGGCGAAGACGGGUUUGCCGCCCCCCAGGCCCCUGGCCAUGCCGAAACCGCAGCCAGCUCUCCAGUCCUCGGCGUAGCGGGAGUCAGCACUGCACCCCUAAACAGUCCACAGGUUCCUGAUCCAGAGCAGACGAUCGAGAACAUCAAGGUGUGCCUGCACGAGAAAGAACUAUGGAAGAAGUUUCACGAGGCCGGCACUGAAAUGAUCAUAACGAAAGCUGGGAGGAGGAUGUUUCCGAGCUACAAAGUGAAAGUCACCGGCAUGAACCCCAAGACCAAGUACAUCCUGUUGAUUGAUAUUGUCCCGGCGGAUGACCAUCGGUACAAGUUCUGUGACAACAAAUGGAUGGUGGCCGGAAAGGCGGAACCUGCCAUGCCUGGCCGAUUAUAUGUCCACCCAGACUCACCGGCCACCGGGGCCCAUUGGAUGCGCCAGCUGGUGUCAUUUCAGAAGCUGAAGUUGACCAACAACCAUCUGGAUCCCUUUGGACAUAUUAUUCUCAACUCGAUGCACAAAUACCAGCCAAGACUACACAUUGUCAAAGCGGAUGAAAACAAUGCGUUUGGCUCCAAGAACACGGCUUUCUGCACCCACGUAUUUCCAGAAACUUCCUUCAUAUCCGUGACGUCGUACCAGAAUCACAAGAUAACCCAGCUGAAGAUCGAGAACAACCCCUUCGCCAAGGGCUUCCGGGGCAGCGACGACAGCGACCUGCGUGUGGCGCGGCUGCAAAGCAAGGAGUACCCAGUGAUCUCCAAGACCAUCAUGCGGCAGAGGCUGGUGCCGACGCACGGGCAGCUCUCGGCCAAGGCGGACGUCAGCCCGCUGCACAGCAGCCACCAGGGCCUCCAGCACUACCAGUACGAGAACGGCACCCACGUGCAGUUCGCCGGCUCGGAGGCACAGGAGCUGCCCCUCAACACCUUCACAGCUCAACGGGAGUCGGGGCUCUUCUACCACUGCCUGAAGCGGCGAGAGGGUGCCCGGCACCUGGAGCUCCCCUGCAAGCGCUCCUAUCUCGAGGCGUCCUCGUCCGUGGGGGAAGAGCACUAUUUCCGCUCGCCGCCGCCGUACGAGCAGCCGAUGCUGAGCCCCUCCUACUGCGGGGACGUGGCGCCGCGGGAGGCCUGCAUGUACUCGGGCUCGGGCGCCGAGAUCGCCAGCGUCUCCUCGGUGGAGGACCUGCCGCCGCCCCCGCCGCUCAGCUGCAACAUGUGGACUUCCGUUGCGCCGUACACCAGCUACAGCGUCCAGACGAUGGAGACGGUGCCGUACCAGCCGUUCCCCGCGCACUUCACCGCCACAACCAUGAUGCCUCGCCUGCCCACCAUCGCCAACCAGAGCUCCCAGCCCCCGGCCAGCAGCCCCUUCACGGUGUACAACCAGCUCUCGCAGUCUCAGGUCCGGGAGAGGGUCCCCGCGUCCUCCUUCCCGCGGGAGAGGGUGCACCCGGCCGUGUGCGAGAGGAAGGUCCCGUCCCCCCACAUAAGCUCCGCCAACGAGUUUUUGUACUCCCAGACCUUCUCGCUGUCCAGGGAAUCGACUUUACAGUACCACUCCGGCAUGGGGACCGUGGACAACUGGGCGGAUGGAUGACUGGCUGCGGGGCGAGGGACACACUGGCCGAGGCCGGACUCGCCGCCUGGGGCCAGGCCGACUCCGUGUUAAUCCCUGUGGGUUACUUGCACUUCCCCGGCGCCCACGGAAACCGGCGAUUCCCUGGGCCUUUGCGUCGCCGAAAAGCUCGCUCGCCCGCUUUCCGUUGGACCCCAAGGUGGGAGGGGGGGACAGUCCAGUUCCGUGCACAGGCCCCUGGGCUCAAUGGCUUGGAUCCACCCGCUGCUUUUGUCCCGUCUCCUGUUGGUCCCCCAAACAACCCGAAAACAAGCAAGCCAGCCCUGCACCAGA